UGAGACACGCUAGGUUUGCCAAACUGAAGAGCCUAAGGGCCCUUUAGAAGAAAUCUAUAGAAACAAAAUUUGUUUAUUAUAGAUUUCUUUUACCAGCUUCCUUUUUCUCUUUUUCUUCUUCCAAAAAAUUAUAGUAAAAAAAAUAAAAUCUUACUGUCUUCAAUGGCGACAUCUUCUAGAAGAUCAAGCGGACCGGUUUUGCCGAUUAGAUCGGCCUUCCAGAGGUCUAUCUCACCGACUGGCCGGUUUUGCAACUCAACGACGGCGACUGAUACGUCACCGUUUUCGUCAUUUGCUUCUUCGACGAGUUCUAGCUUUUGCUCGUCUAGUUCCACAGGUUUUUUCCAUCGAUCGGCGUCUCCGACGCGCGUGAACCUUCACGGUUUUGCUCCACUGGCUCCUACGCCUUCUGUUAAGUUCUCGAUCGACAGAUCUAUAUCUCCUCAUCGUUCGAUGGCGGUUUCUUCCCGAGAUCAAGUGGUUCGAAAGCAGAACAAUAAUCCGCUGACAAAACUUCCAAAAAGGACGUGUAUGUGCUCUCCUACAACGCAUCCUGGCUCGUUCCGGUGUAGUUUGCACAAGAAUAUGAAUACUGCUCCGUCGAUGUAUUCGCCUAGCCGAUUGAAUGCUCGGCGUUCGGCGAUGACGAACUCGCUGGUUCGUAUUGGUACUGUUGAAGGAGAUCUAGUGAAGCGUGCUUUAGCAGCUCUUAUACGGCCUUCGUCGCAUCAUCAGAGGCGUAGAGCCGAUUUCCAACCUCGUCCCAGCCGGCUUUCCAGGAUGUCCAAAGCUGAGGAUCUGUGAUGUUGUGUUUAGGUUACAGGUUUGAUAUUUUUAUAUUGGUAUUUGAAGCUAUUCAGUUGAGAGUUUCCGGCGACGGCGUCAGAUCCCGGCUGCGGUUUUUAUAGUACUCCGGCGAAUCGAAGGCCCUGGAAGUUUUGAUACUCCGGCGAAGUUGAAAAAACAACAAAAAUUCUCCCUUGUACAUAUGAUUUGCAGCAACUGAUUGCAAUCGAAGGACUUUUUGGACUUUUUUUUUCAACAUCCAUUUAAACAAAACAGUAACUAAAGCAAACGAACUAUUGAUUAAAAUCUGAGUUAAAAAUGAAUUUAAUGUGUUUUGAGCAAUUUGUGUACGAAUUGUUGUGUAAUGGAGAGUUGCGUGACUCGUUUGGUUUUGUCUACGUUCGCAGCUUUUGUUUAUCCCAUCGUGCUUGCCGUUCACCGUGC